AUGGCGGAAGCGGCGCCAGACGGAGAGCCCAAAAUCUCCAAGCGGGCCGCGGAGAAGGCAGCUAAGAAAGAAGCUGCAAAGAAAGCAAAAGAGGCAGCAAAGGCUCAGGCACCGGCCACUGGAUCGGGAGCAGGUGCAGCCUCUGCAAAAUCUGCUGAGCCGGCAGAUCCAUUUAAGCAGGGCUGGCUGAAGGGUGUGUACAGCGAGAAGCCAGUGCAGGACGUCGUGACUCGAUUCCCUCCCGAGCCCAAUGGCUAUUUGCACAUCGGACAUGCCAAAGCCAUCACGGUCAAUUUCGGCUUUGCAAAGAGCUACGGUGGCAAGUGCAACCUGCGAUUCGACGACACCAACCCGGCGAAGGAGGAAGAGCAGUUCUUUACCAGUAUCAAGGAUAUGGUCAGCUGGCUCGGCUUCGAGCCUGCCAAGAUCACGCAUUCCAGUGAUGAGUUCGACCAACUGUAUCAGCUGGCCGAAGAGUUGAUUAAACGAGGUAAGGCAUACGUGUGUUUCUGCUCGGCGGCAGCGGUGAAGGAGGCUCGUGGUGGAAAGGAUCAUGGCCCUCGGAGCGUAUGCAAGGAUUGGAGUGCUCCGGUGGAGAGGAACCUGGAAGAGUUCAGAGCUAUGAGAGAUGGCAAAUACCAAGCAGGAGAGGUACAUCUUCGGAUGAAGCAAGCGUUGGCAAACAACCCAGCCCUGUGGGAUGUAGCGGCAUACAGAAUCAAGAAGGAGAAUUAUCACCACCGGACAGGCAACAAGUGGCGGAUCUACCCAACAUACGAGUUCACGCACUGCUUGUGUGAUUCUUUCGAAGGCAUUACGCACAGUCUCUGCACGGUCGAGUUUGAGACACUACGACCUGCAUACAACUGGCUGCUAGAAGCACUCGACCACAAGCUUCCCUCGUCAGACGAGAAAGGUCCCAUGCAGAGAGAAUAUGGCAGACUGAAUGUGGAAGGCACAAUUCUGUCCAAGCGAAGAAUCGCAAUGCUCGUCAACGGUACCACGGUCGUUCGCGACUGGAACGAUCCGCGUCUCUUUACUCUCGUAGCUCUUCGACGUCGUGGUGUACCUCCUGGUGCUCUCAAGAAGUUCGUGCUUGAUCUCGGUGUAACCAAGGCUAAUGCAAACACCGCUACCCACACGCUUGAUGCUGUCAUGAGACAGUAUCUUGAGAGAACUGUUCCUCGACUCAUGCUGGUCCUUGACCCAAUCAAGGUGACCUUCACGAAUCUGCCGGACGACUAUGUGGAGGAGCGUGAUGUGCCAUUUGACCCGAAGGAUAAGGAGAAGGGCAGUCACAAGGUUCCAUUCACCAAGACCAUCUACAUUGAGAGAGACGACUUCCGAGAAGUAGAUGACCCGGAUUUCUUCCGCCUGUCGCCUGGUCAGUCAGUCGGCCUGCUCAACGCUGAGUUCCCAAUUAAGGUCGUCGACUUCAGCAAAGACGAGAAUGGUAAGGUCACUGAGAUUCGUGCUGAGUACGGAAAGGAAGUACCGGCUGGCAAAGCACGCAUCCAUUGGGUCGGAGAGUCCAAGGCGCACAACAGCCCUGUCAAGGCCGAGUGCCGCAUCUAUAACCAGCUGUUCAAGACCGACAAGCCUAACUCCCUCGACUGGAAGACCGGUGGCUAUUACGACAACAUCAACCCAGAUUCAGAGGUCGUCUACCAGAACGCCCUCAUUGAAGUGGGCUUCCGAGAAGUCAAGGCCCGUGCACCAUGGCCAAACACGGAGGGCGAGGCUAAGGGUACGGCGGACAAUUCCUCUGUCCGCUUCCAGGGACUUCGGACGGCAUUCUUUGCUGAAGACCAGGAUUCCACUGCAGACCGUGUCAUCCUUAAUCGCAUUGUGUCCCUGAGGGAGGAUUCAGGCAAGAAGUGA